AUGAAAAAACAGCUUCUUCCUUUUCUACACAAGACAUUUUCUGUGACCCCAACAGGAUAUAGAAAAUAUAGUUCCUCCUUCGGAAGCGGAUUUACAUAUCAUGAGGAAUCAUCAUUUACACAAAAUGUGGAAGAAAAAAAGAAAAGAAACAGAAUUAAACUACAUGAGGAGGUUAUUAUUUCAACAUCAAAGAAAUUUAAUCAUUCAACAUCUAGGAAAUCAUUGAAAAUAAUUUCAUCUAAUACUAAUUUAUCAAAUGAUAUGGCAAUUAAUUUAAAAAAAUUAACACAAAUUGCUAAUAAUUUUAAUCCAAUUUUUGAACAAUUGGAUCGAGGAAACUAUCACAAAGCAUUGUUUUUAUUAGAAAAAGGGAAGGAUCUAUUUGAUUUCAUAUAUGAAGAACAUGAUGAAAACUCGGAAAAAUAUACAGUAUUGUCAAUUGCCAAGAUUUGUGAUACUCUUCUUUGCCAUUUUGAUCAAACCAAAGAAUAUUUAAAAAUUCAAAAGAUUUUAAUAUUUCUGAAAGAUUACACAAAGGAUAAUUCAUGGAAUAAGAAAAAUAUUUGUGAUCCAAUCACUCAAAAAGGAAUAUCAUUUCUUGUGAGAUUAUCUAUUAAUUCAAUGAAGGAAGAAUAUGGAAAAAGACUGUUUGAAGCUGUUAAUAAUAAUGAAGGAAAUUCUUCACCUUCUGCUCCUUCCCUUCAACUCUUGUUGGAUAUUUUCAGACAGGAUGAUUUUACCAAUGAUUCAUCCAUGCAACAAUGUUUAUCAUUUGUUGUUGGAAUGUCUAAUAGUGAUUAUUAUAUUAUGGAUAUUUAUUCACUGGAUAUUAUUUUGGAACUUUUAAUUGAAGGAAGAAAAUAUGAAACGGCCUAUCUUUUGGUAAAGCAAGAAAGUGAUAGAUUAAUUCUUCCAUUUAUUACUUGUUUGGCAAAUGAUCAUACUGAGUCACAUUUCUUUAGCAAUUCGCAUGUUUAUGAGAUUGCACACAAAUUAUUGACAAUAUUUGGGGAGUGUAAAUACUAUGAUCAAGUUUAUGAGGUAUACAAGCUCAUUAAGAGACCAUCCCAAAGGUGUUUUAAUUUAUUAAUUUAUUAUCUGUCGGAAUCUAAUAAGCCAGACCAUUUGAGGAUACUAAUUGAUAUUAUUCAAGAAAACAUAACUAAUAAGAGUAAUUAUGUUCAUAUUAUUUCACCUAUAAAUAUUAGAGACCUAUUCAGAUCCGAGUCAAAGGCAUCUAGUUUAAUGACCUAUGAACAAGUAUCGACUCUGUUUGACAUAUUCCUUAACAAGUUAAAUAUCAAAUGUAGUACUAGAAUUUUAAAUAUAUUUUUGAAUUUACAGUUAAAACAUGGCAAAGAAGCAGAUGCACUAAAAACUUUGACUAAAUUUGAGGAAAAUGGUGUACAAAUUAAUGUCUCUACUCUCACCAUCAUUCUUACCUACUUGGCUAAUAAUGCCAAGUAUGAAGAUGCUAUUAAAAUAUGUGACAGAAUCAUUCGAGAGCCACUCGUAUUUGAUAUACCAUUCCUCAAUAUUGUAUGGAAAAUUUAUCACGAUUUUAUAUGGAACACCAUGAUGACAAUAGAUCAUACAGUUAAUAUUGGAACUGAUAAUAUACCAACCACUUUCAAAGCAACUAAUAUUCCACUUCUUGAGUCUAUCAAAGCAUUUGAGAAGAAUAAUCAAUCUUCUCUAAUUGAUUGGAAGAAGAAUUUACAUGAAAAUCCUCUAUUUGACACUACUAAAGAGAAGAAUAUUUCAACCCAAACCAUGAUUUUUGAAUAUCUGGUUAUACAAAUGGAGAGAUCAUUUGACAAAUACAUACUGACAAGUUACAGUGUUAUGGGAAAACUCAAUGAAGAACAAUCGAAGAGUAAGACAAGCAAGGCCGAUUGGUACAUGCCACAAUCUACAGCUAGGCAUUUAAGGUAUGGAACUAGGUCAAUGGAUGAAGAAUCUUUUCUUUCUUCUUCUGAUUCCAGCAUUCCACACUUUUUACAAAACAAACAAUCCAAACUCAUAGCAUCUGAUACAUGUCGAUUAGAUUUGAGAAUAUUAAUUCAAAAUUAUGCUAUCAAACCAAGAUUGAGACAAAUUGAUGAUUUGCUAGAAUUUGUUUCUGGUGCCUAUUCCAGAAAUAAUUCUCUCAGAAGAUACUAUUAUUUGAGAGUAAUCAUUUCUCUAUUGGAAAGUGGAAACAUCUCUCAUGUUAAAUUAUAUGUCAAGUACCAAUUUGAAAAUUGUGAAAUGUCAAUCCAGGAACGAAUCAAUACCAUGCAUCUCGUUCUUAAAACUAUUCGUUCCAAAUACAAUGCCACAAUUAGGGAUCAAUAUAGAACUGAAUGGAGGCUAUCUGCAAUUGAUUCUCUCACCAAAUUAAUUGAUUUGCUCUCCAUUGAGGAAUGGAAUCAAGUAAUGACCCAGUGUGGAAUGAAAAAUCAAUUUGAAAAUUACGAUCAACUCACAGAUUGGAUCAAGAGAAGAUUUCUUUCAAUUCCAAAUUUUAAAUCAACUUACCGUUCAAAUACUAGCUCCACACCUUCCAUUGCUAAUUAA